AUGGAGCAGCGAGUGAGCCCCGGGACGGUUCAAGUGAUUGCGGGGACCGGCGGCAGUAUAUGCGUGACGACGUUGCGUGCGUCUGGGCUCGUGGAUCCGGUUCUCUUACUUGGUGGCGGCGAACGCUGUAGAAACGCAAGCUGGAGCAACGUGGAAAAAAAGGUCGUGCAAUUCAAUUCUGUUCUGAGCGCCAGUGAUGGUCGCGAGACUUCAGCAUGCAAUCCAAUGCCAGAGUCUAUCGUAGCGUCAGGGGCGAAUCUGGUCGCUGAUGAGAAGCCGCUGUUCCUGGGUGGGAAUAGCGAAAGAGCGAAGCAACGUCAGGGCCAGAAACGACAGCGUAUUCGACCGAGUGUGAACGAGUAUCUAGAUCAGAGCACAACAAAUGGCGCUGAGUAA